CUGGGACAGAUGCAGAUAAUGCUGGAUGUUAUUUUGGCUUAGGGAUUGGGAGUUUGCGUGAGUGCGACAGCUCUCUCAGUUGCGCCAUGUAUGUCCUUCUCCUGUUCGGGGCGCUCGCCUCCAUUCUUGCUUCGAUCUUCCUAUCCGGAACCACCAGUGUAAACAAUCUGGUGAACUGGCAGUCACCCAUCGUGAACAAACUCGGCUGGCUGGGAAGCUCCAAACCCCUCCCAUCGAUCUCCGUGCCCGCCACCUGGAACGGCUUCGGCUACCUCUUCAACAUCACAGUAGGCACCCCGCCGCAGAGCCUAACCGUACUGAGUGACUGGGCCUGGGUGACGCUGUUCACGCGCAGCGCCCGCUGCGAGGGGCGCUACGACCCAGCCCACUGCGUCGCAGAGGGUCAAAGCUACUUCGACGAGCGCGCCUCGACGAGCUACAGCGACCAAACCGCUCUCCCGCGCCUCCGGUGGGACACGAGCCUCUACUCGCCCGACUUCACCGUCAACUACGCCACCGACACAGUCUGCAUCAACCACCCCGAUAACACCUCCCACAUCUGCACCACCCCACAAACCACGAUCCAAGUCUCCGAUUUCCCCUUCGCAGGCCACUACGUGCCCCCCGUCCCGUUCGGGGGCAUCUUCGGCCUCGCGCCGGUCAUCCCCGGCCUGAACGCGACCUACCACCCGACGCACUACCAAGCCUGGAAACAGGGCCGCACUGGCGCGCAGAUCGGAUUCAACAGCUGCGCCAAGCUCUCGUCCAAGAAAUUCUGCCACGGCGGCGACGCCAAGUUCGUCUUCGGGGGCACGGAUACGUCCCUGUACGACGCCGACCAGGUAAUCUGGUAUCCCAUCGUCACGCCGCCGUGGCUCGGCGACGAGAUGUUCCUGCCCAUCAAGCCCUCGAUCUGGAACUUCUGGGCCACACCCUGGACCGGGGGGUGGAUCGUCGAGACACUCCCCGAUGGAGAGAAGAGGUGGUCGACGAACUACGCCGUUCCGUUCCCCGCGACAGCCCUGAACAAGGACUUCCUGCCUGCCGACCACAGCGACCGGAAGUUUCGGAGCGGGUCCCCGCGGUAUAAUUCUACGGAGCUGGUCACCCCGCUCGCGGUUCUGGACGACGGCUCUGAGGGGCUGGGCGUCCCCGUGACGGCGAGCCAGUACGUGGAGCUGGUGCGGCUGACCGGGGGCCGGAAGGCGGAUGCCCCGACGCGGGCAGCGAUCGCGGCGCAGUGGACGUCGAGCACGACGGGGAUGGCCACGCAGGAUUGGUAUUUGAUUGAUUGCACGACGAAAGGUCUUCCGGAGCUGGUGUAUGAGUUCGAUCGGCGCGGGAAUUACUCGGUCGGAGCUGAGGAGUACGUGCAGAAAAUCGAGGCGACCGGAGAGUGUUAUCUCAACGCGCAUGUGUGGGAGCAUAGUCGUACGGAGACUGGGGAUGCUACGGUGAUCUCGGUUGGGGACGGGAUUCUGAAGGGGUUGUAUGUGGUGCUGGACUUUGAGAGGAAUGUGUUUGGGUUGGCGCCGUUGAAGAGGGUAUAAUUUCGGUUUUAGGGGGUUUGGGGAAGAGAAUUUGGAUUCGCAAUAUGAGAUAAUGUCUGAAUCUUCCUAUUUUGGAUGUGCUUUUGUGCAACGAGU